AUGCAUUCCUUCUCACCGCUCCGCUACUGCUUCCUCCUGCCUAAAAAUGGGGUCAUGUCCUUUCCCGCACAGGGUUCCUGGGCGUCGGUGUCUGGCCACCUGCGCGCCGGCCUCUCCGCUCUCUACGACUCCACCCUUCCAGCGCAGGUGCACCUCAGUCGCUGGAACAGGGCGCUGGCCUGGGCUCAGGCCUACCUCCACGGUCUGAAACUCCUUUUCUUCCGACUGCCGCGUUUUCUCUGGCGUCGACGUCAUCGCCUGGCGACUGGCAAAAAGGCC